AUGGAGGACGACGGGCGCUACCGGGACGGCCGCUCAGACUUCAUCCGCGGCGCCAAGGAUAUCGCCAAGGUGGCCAAGAAGCAGGUGGGCAAGAAGAUGGGCCGUGGCGCAGACAAGAUGGCCGACGAGUACACCAAGCGCUCGUACAAGCGCUUUGAGGAGGAGGAUGACGACGACGACUACGGCGGGGCGCCGGGCAAUGACGCGGGCUACCACCGCAACGACAGCCGGGCGGCCAACGACGAGGACGAGGACGCCGCCGGCCACAGUGACUCCACCGAGGGCCACGACGAGGACGACGAGAUCUACGAGGGCGAGUACCAGGGCAUCCCGCGGGCUGACUCCGGGGGCAAGCCGGGCGGCGCCGAUGGCCUGGACGCUGGGCAGGCCCCCUUCAGGGACCUGUCGGCCUACGAGGCGGAGCGGCGGAAGGACCAGGAGGAGCUGGCGCAGCAGUACGAGACCAUCCUGCAGGAGUGCGGCCACGGCAAGUUCCAGUGGACGCUGUACUUUGUGCUGGGCCUGGCGCUGAUGGCGGACGGCGUGGAGAUCUUCGUGGUGGGCUUCGUACUGCCCAGCGCCGAAAAGGAUAUGUGCCUGUCGGAGCCCAACAAGGGCAUGCUGGGCCUGAUCGUGUACCUUGGGAUGAUGGUGGGGGCCUUUGUGUGGGGCGGAAUGGCCGACCGGAUUGGCCGGCGGCAGACCCUGCUCAUCUCCCUGUCCAUCAACAGCGUGGCCGCCUUCUUCUCGUCCUUCGUCCAGGGCUACAGCUCCUUCCUGUUCUGUCGCCUGGCCUCCGGCGUGGGUAUCGGAGGCUCCAUCCCCAUCGUGUUCUCCUACUACUCUGAGUUCCUGGCCCAGGAGAAGAGGGGCGAGCACCUCAGCUGGCUCUGCAUGUUCUGGAUGAUCGGCGGCAUCUACGCCUCCGCCAUGGCCUGGGCCAUUAUCCCCCAUUACGGCUGGAGUUUCCAGAUGGGCUCGGCCUACCAGUUCCACAGCUGGCGUGUGUUCGUCCUGGUGUGCGCCCUGCCCUCAGUGGCCGCUAUAUGUGCCCUCACCACCAUGCCCGAGAGCCCCCGCUUCUUUCUGGAGAACGGUAAACACGACGAGGCAUGGAUGAUUCUGAAGCAGGUUCAUGACACCAACAUGCGGGCCAAGGGCUACCCAGAGAGGGUCUUCUCUGUGACCACCAUUAAGACGGUGAAGCAGAUGGAUGAGCUGGUGGACAUGGGGGAGAGCCUCGCCUGGCACCAGAAGUGGAGGAUGAAGCUCAGUGCCUUGUUCCAUCAGGUACGUGGUAACUUCCUGGCCAUCUUCUCCCCAGAGUACCGCCGCACCACCUACAUGAUGAUGGCCGUGUGGUUCUCCAUGUCCUUCAGCUAUUACGGCCUGACGGUGUGGUUCCCAGACAUGAUCAAGUACCUCCAGAAGCAAGAGUAUUCGUCGCGCACCAAGACCUUCACCCAGGAACGCAUGGAGCAUGUCACCUUCAACUUCACCCUGGAGAACCAGGUCCACAAGAAGGGCCAGUACUUCAACGACAAGUUCAUGAACCUGAAGAUGAAGUCAAUGGUGUUUGAGGACUCUCUGUUCGAGGAAUGCUACUUUGAGGACAUCACCUCCAGCAACACCUUCUUCAAGAACUGCACCUUCAUCGCAACCCUUUUCUACAACACAGACCUGUUCAAGUACCGGCUGAUCAACAGCCGACUCAUCAACAGCACGUUUCUGCACAACAAGGAGGGCUGCCUGCUCAGUGACGUCAGCGACGACAACAACGCCUACAUGGUGUACUUUGUCAGCUUCCUGGGCACUCUGGCCGUGUUGCCGGGCAACAUUGUCUCCGCGCUGCUCAUGGACAAGAUCGGAAGGCUGAGGAUGCUGGCCGGCUCCAGUGUGAUCUCCUGCGUCAGCUGCUUCUUCCUGUCCUUCGGUAACAGCGAGUCGGCCAUGAUCGCUCUGCUCUGCCUGUUCGGAGGCAUCAGCAUCGCCUCCUGGAACGCCCUGGACGUCCUCACGGUGGAGCUCUACCCCUCUGACAAGAGAUGCACUGCGUUUGGCUUCCUCAACGCCCUCUGCAAGCUGGCCGCCGUACUGGGCAUCAGCAUUUUCACCUCCUUCGUGGGCAUCACCAAGGCAGUGCCCAUCCUCUUCGCUUCGGGGGCCCUGGCGGCCGGCAGCUUCCUGGCCCUCAAGCUGCCCGAGACGCGGGGCCAGGUACUGCAGUAGUGGGCA